AUGCUGGCCACCAUGUUUAAUGGAUCUUUUAGCUCCACCAAAGUGGAUGGAGCCUAUUUUAUUGACCGUGACGGUCAGCUCUUUCGAUACGUCCUGGAGUUCCUGCGAAAUCAGACAGUGCAACUACCAGAGUCUGUACCAGUUCUUCGCCAGAUCCAGCAGGAGGCAGAGUUCUUCGCCUUGGAAAAUCUUCUGAAGGCCGUGUCCCGAAAGAUCUCCGAGCGACGGAUCCGGGUGGAGAUCUACGUGGAGCGCUUUCGGUGCUCCGACGAAGGUUGCAAUUGCGGUGCUGGCCAGAAGGUCGAGGUAAGCGCCCUGGAGGGCCUGGCCUUUUUCGAUUGUGAGCUGUUUCAUCCCCGGCGGGAGCUGCGCCCCAACUGGACGACGCCCAGCGCGUCCCUUCUGGUGUCGCUAUUUCCAGAGGAGAGCUUGGAAGCAGCGGUUUGUGCAGUGCACCACGCCAUCCUUUGCGCUGAUGAGGUCGGUGGGCAAAGCGCCAAAGAGAUCGUCUUGGAGGAAGGAUCACCUGUGCGCCGGGCCUUAAGUGAUCUGGUUUCUUCACCAGAGCUGUGCUAUUUGCAAUGGUAUGCUCGAGCAGAUGAAUACAAGGUCGGUGACACGCGUGACCCCAACAUGCAGUACGUGCACUAUGCCAAAUGCGUCAAGCUGACGUUUCAAGUUCAGCAAAUUGGUGUAGCGCCACACGCUUUCUUGUCUGUGUAG